AUGGCGGCCGAACAGAGGAAGCUGUUGGAGCAGCUCAUGGGAGCAGGAGCUUCAUCUCGUGCAGCGCAACUCUCAAUUACGGACCCGAAAGUAUGCCGUUCAUUCCUUGCUGGCACAUGUCCGCACGAUUUGUUUACGAACACCAAACAAGAUCUGGGGCCAUGUCCUAAAGUCCACUCGGAACCUUUGAAGACGGAAUACGAAGCUGCGUCGGCGACGGAAAAGCAGAAAUGGGGCUUCGAAUACGAUUACAUGCGAGAUCUACAUAAAUAUAUCGACGAGUGCAAUCGGCGAAUCGAUGUAGCGCAACGAAGGCUGGAGAAGACACCGGAUGAAAUACGACAGACGAACGCAUUACUGAAGCAGAUUUCAGACCUGAAUAAGAGUAUAGAAACUGGACUGUUGGAAAUUGAGAUUCUUGGGGAGCAGUCGGAAGUCUCGCGCGCAUAUGAAGAGUUCUUCAGGAUACGACAGGCAAUGCAGACAAAAGGCGACAAGGAAAGAGAAUUGAAGGCAUUAUCAGAUACCAGUGGCCCGAGUGGACAUCAGAAACUUCAAGUCUGCGAUGUAUGUGGGGCGUAUCUCAGUCGUCUCGAUAACGACAGACGUUUGGCAGACCAUUUCUACGGAAAAAUGCACUUGGGAUAUGCGCAGAUGCGGAAAACAUAUGAAGCUUUCCCGAAAGAGCUACGAGGCAGAGUUCGACCCAUGCAAGACGAUGGAGACAACGCUGGUUCGAGAGGAGGCUAUGACGGAGGUUAUGGUGAUGGUGGCUUUGGUGGUGGUAGAGGGUUUGGAGGUAGAGGUGGAAGGGGUGGUGGAUUCCGAGGACGGGGAAGAGGCUUUCGAGGCGGAUGGUAA